CUUUGCAUUUAUCACACACCCAAUGGCUACCUUCUCUAAAACUCACUCUCAAUCAAAACAAUCCAAUAACCAACCACAGUUAAAAAACCAUUCAUCAUCCCAUAUGUUUUACUCCAACAAAACUGGAGUAUACACCAGCACACACCCACCAAUCACCCUCCCUUCAGACCCGUAUCUCGACGUCGUUUCACACAUAUUCUCGAACAAACACGAAGGAGAAACCGCACUCGUCGAUGCUGCAUCGGGUGUUUCAAUAUUGUACUCACAACUCCAACCGUUGAUAAAAUCUGUUGCAAGUGGACUCCACCACAUGGGUGUUGCUCAAGGUGAUGUCAUUUUGAUUCUGUUACCAAAUUCCAUCUAUUAUCCAAUAAUUGUUUUGGGUGUGUUGUAUCUUGGUGCUGUUGUGACUACAACGAAUCCGUUAAGUAGUUUUUCUGAAGUUAAAAAACAAGCAAUUGCUUGUCAUGUGAGUAUGGCAUUUACUGUUAUGGAUAAAGCUGAUGAGUUGAACUCAAUUGGGAUUCCAACUGUCGUCGUGCCAGAAAACGCGCAGUUUGAUUCAAACCAAGUCGAAUUUGCGCCUUUUUACAAGCUUAUAUCGGGUGAUGGUGAUUUCGUUGCUAGUAGAACGGUUCGGCAGGAUGAUACGGCUGCUAUUUUGUAUUCAUCUGGUACUACUGGUGCUAGUAAAGGUGUUGUGUUGAGUCAUAGGAAUUUGAUUUGUGGGGUUGAGCUUUUUGUUCGGUUUGAGGCUUCGCAGUAUGAGUUUCGACCGGAAGAGAAUGCUUAUUUGGCUGUUGUGCCCAUGUUUCAUAUAUAUGGGCUUGUGCUUUUUAUUGUGGGGAUUCUGUCAUUGGGGACGAAAAUUGUGGUUAUGAAGAAGUUUAGCGUCGAUGAGAAUCUUCGGUGUGUUGAUAGAUAUGGGGUGACUCAUUUUCCUGGGGUGCCGACGUUGGUGACCGCAUUGAUCAAGGCUGGAAAGGGUGGUGUUGGUGAAAGAUUAAGAAGUUUGAAGCAGGUUUCUUGUGGUGCUGCACCUUUGAGCACAAGGACUAUUGAGGAGUUUGUGCAUUGUUUUCCUCAAGUUGAUUUCAUUCAAGGUUAUGGAAUGAGUGAAUCAACGGCUGUGGGUACUCGUGGAUUCAACACUCAAGAUGUGCAUAAUUAUGCGUCGGCUGGACUAUUGGCUCCAAAUAUGCAAGCCAAAGUGGUAGACUGGGUUACUCGUUUGCAUCUACCUCCUGGGAAGACCGGUGAACUUUGGCUACGCGGGCCUGCUAUAAUGAAAGAAUAUUUGAACAAUGUGGAGGCAACGUCAUCGACCAUCGAUAAGGAUGGUUGGCUUCAUACAGGAGACAUUGUUUAUUUUGACCAAGAUGGGUAUUUGUAUAUAGUUGAUCGCGUUAAAGAGAUGAUAAAGUACAAAGGGUUUCAGAUUGCUCCUGCUGAUUUAGAGGAUGUGCUAGCGUCUCAUCCAGCCAUUCUUGAUGCUGCGGUAACAGGAAUCAGAGAUGAGGAAGCAGGAGAGAUUCCAGUGGCGUUUGUGGUGAUGAAGCCCGGAGCUGAAGCUUCUGAGUCUAGCAUCAUUGACUUUGUAGCCAAAGAGGUGGCACCCUACAAGAAGGUGCGAAGAGUGAUGUUUACUAACAUGAUACCAAGGUCUGCAGCAGGAAAGAUUUUGAGGAGGCAAUUGAAGGACCAGUUAGAUUCAAGACUGUAAUUUGUUCUUAUCAACAACCCGAAGCGAGUUUUAAGAAGCAAUAAACACUUAAAAGAUUACAUUAUUAACUGGUAACGUGUUCUAGCUUGUGCAGCAUUUUUUAUUUUACGGAAGACAUUCUUUUAGGAGCUCACUUGAGGCAUGGGUUUGAGUCAUGACAGCUUUAAAAUUCAUUGAAUUGGAAAUCGUUACAUGUUUACAUUUAUCU